AGGAGAAGCCUCGCGGCGGGAGGGGGAGGGCUGAGACGGAACUCGUCUCUUCUCGCCGUGUGCGUACGAGCGACUCUGGACUCGAGCCCUAACCUACAAUUCGAGAAAACAAGAAAAGCUGGCAAGACCAAACACGGUGCGAAAAAAGGUGGAAAAAGUUUCGACGGAUUGGUCGAUCUUGGAGGAUACAACGAGGCCGCUAUUUCAGGUAGAAAUCUCAACGUCCGAGAGGCCUUUUGAAAGAUCUGCUUCACUCUCCGACUCACCAGGAUCGUUUGUUAUUAUGUGAUUUUAAAAAUCUCCGGAGCAAUAACAACAGGGCCAGUAGCAAUGUCCCAUCGCCAACGACCAAGACCUUCUCUCUGCUUUGAGAGCAAAGCCAGUUGUUCGAGCCAGGCGAGACUAGUGCUUAUUCGAAUACAUCUUCACAACGCUCCCCUCCCCUCCUCUCCUCUUCGUUUUCCCUUCGCGCGUUCUCCCCUCUACCCUGGCUUUUUUCCAGCCCCCUCCCUUCCUCCCGGACUGUAUCAUCGACGGACCGUGUUGCCGAAAAGCUCGUCAGGCUGCAAGAUACAGAGGGAGAGAGAGCGAGACGCGAGCCCGUACAAGACGGAGAGAAGGAGAGAGAAUUUUUGUUGAACGCGGAGCGCGCAACAGCAGCGCCACACCGGCUAAUCCCUCGCUUUAUAGUUCACUAUCGUCGUCGUCGUCGUCGCCGUCGGUAGUCGUCAUCACGGCUGACUCGUCGACGCACACGUGAAAUUUAUUAUUUUAAGAAACAAAAAGAAAAGGAAACCUCGCAUAUACAAUCGUACGCAUAUACGCGUAUAAGCACAUAGGAUAUAAAAGGGAAAAAAGUACAAACCGCGUACGCUUGAAAACGCAUGCGCCAUUCGUCAACCGUUGAAUUAUCGUAUGUGCGCGCUCUUUCCUCAGUCGCGCGCGCAUCACUCUAGUCUCUCUUUCUCUAUUACGAACGCUCUCUCGCGAGAACACGCGGCGUUUUAAGUGGAGAAAUAAUACAUCAUUCGAACAAGCGCAACAAACGAGAUCGUCUCGUGGAACGCGAUCAUGAAAAUAAAUGAAAAUACGAACCGGGUGUGAUGCUCGCUCGGUAGAGAGUUGAGACGGAGAGGAGCAGCGGUUAAGAAACUUAGUGCCAAUCAACGAAGGAUUUAUACUCUUUUAUUGAGAUUAUAUUGAGGAGAAUAAUUAACUCGCGAGUCAGCUAUAAUAAUAAUAACAACAACGUAUUUAAUAAUCAAGUGAAAAGUGAUCUAAUCUAUGAAACAUACGUCCUGAGGAGAAUAUCACGAGUGCACGCGCGCCAUCGAUCAACAUUGAGGAGAAGCACAUGGGCACUCGGAACUCUUGGAUUUUCAUUGAAUUCCACUGAAAUUCGUGACUUUUUGUGCGCGCUUCUGUGUAUUCGCUUCGUCGAGGGUGCGCGUGUGUUUUUUCCCCUUCUUCGAAAAGAUAUCGCCAAACUUCACCGUCGAUGUUUGUUGUACUAUUGUUAUCGUCGUGCCGAUACGCGAGAGCGAGAAAAAAAGAGGAGCGGGUCUUUUAUCCGCGUGUUUGUAUAAACUUUUUCGAGUGACGAGCGACUGCGUUAACAAAGCUUUUCUCAUUUUUCGAUUUGAAAAAAAGCGUCGACUGUUUCGUUGAAUUGUACUGACGCUGUAACAAGCGUCGCCGGUUCACCUUUCGGCAUUAUUUCGCUCUGAAAUUUGGACGAAUAUUUUGAACAAAGCCGGGAGAAUCACGGGUGCGAAAAACUCGGAGAACGGGGGACGUCGAAUCGAAUUUUUUCUGCUUCCACGUUCGAGCGUACUUUUUAGCCUUUGUCGCGGGAGAGCAGGAUGACGGGGGUGGUGAAAACACCCGACACGUGCGCGCAAUGACGUACAUCGGUGCUAAAUAAGACAACAUUUUUUCUUUUGAACUUUAUUAUUCUCAUUAUCAUAACUUUGUAAGCGUUUUUUUAUUCUCGUACGCGAUGAAGUAAAAAGGACUUUACAUCGGCCCACGCGCUCCGACCAACGUGCUUGUGUGCUCAUUUAUAUGUGAACGCGUGUCCGCGGAUGCGUAUCAUUGAAAAAUGUCAAUAAUAAUAGACGAGCCUGAAUUUCGGUGAAUACACGAACGUGGCAUUUCGUGCAAGAGCUCUAGCGCUCCCUCUCAAAACAAUAACCGCGGUAAUAUUUUUUUUUUCGUUUCUCGUGCGUGGACUCUGCAUCGUGCAUCAGUGCAACGCGUUCUCACGGAUUUCGGUGCACCUCGAGAAUCUCAAUAUCAGCGUAAUUAUUGACUUUUUUUAUUUUACUUUUUUUCCCCCAUUUUUUUCAUCGGACUCACUGAGAUAAGGGCAUCCUUCGUUUGCCAAUAGAAAAAGAUCGUGUUUUUAACAUUCCACGGAGAUAUUCGAGAGAACUUGGAGACUGUACGGGAACAAAGAGGAUAAAAUGGGUCGAAAGAAGAUACAAAUAUCGCGCAUCACCGACGAGCGAAAUCGUCAGGUGACGUUCAACAAGAGGAAAUUCGGUGUUAUGAAAAAAGCUUACGAACUGUCGGUACUGUGCGACUGUGAAAUAGCCCUAAUCAUAUUCAGUUCGAGCAACAAGCUAUAUCAAUACGCGAGCACCGACAUGGACAAGGUUCUUCUCAAGUAUACCGAGUAUAAUGAACCACACGAGUCUCUUACCAACAAAAAUAUCAUCGAGGCGCUCAACAAGAAGGAGCAUAAGGGUGCCAUGUCACCUGAGAGCCCGGAGCCCGACGCUAACGAUUACAAUCUAACCCCCCGUACGGAGGCUAAGUACACGAAAAUCGACGAGGAAUUCCAAAUAAUGAUGCAGAGAAAUCAGCACAACGGCUCGAGGGGCAUGGCUCAAUCGAAUUACACUCUGCCCGUGACAGUUCCGGUGAACAAUUAUGGAGAAUCGCUUCUCGGAUCUAGUCCUCAAAUGGCGCACACCAGCAUCUCUCCACGGCCGUCCUCUUCUGAAACUGAUUCAGUUUACCCACCUGGAGGAAUGUUGGAAAUGAGUAAUGGUUAUCCACCGUCAGCGUCACCGCUGGGUGGCUCGCCGAGUCCAGGGCCAUCCCCGGCUCUCGGGGUUGCCGGUGGCGGUGGUAAUAAGGGACCGAAUUCAUCACGUCACUCACCACAACCACCACCGCCGCCUCAUCCGCACAGAUCCAAUUUACGAGUCGUUAUUCCCGCACCACUCACACAACCGCUCUCUGAAGAUACUAAUUAUGACGGUGGUCACGGACAAGGCGCUCUAAACACACCGGUCGUCGCGUUACAAACACCGUCUGUCGCCGCUGGUUAUUCUAGUUUCGGCCCGACAGAUUAUUCCUCGGAUCUCGGUAGUCUAACAUGGUCUCAUCAGAGGUACGUUGACGAUUUGUCAAUGUACUCAGCCGCCACAAUGUCGAAUAUCAGUGGCCUUCCUCAUCUGGCAGUAUCGAGCAGUACGCCGCCACCGUCCACGUCUCCAUUGCCGGUUAAAAUAAAGAGCGAGCCAAUAAGUCCGCCUCGUGAUCCGCACGGUGGUAACGGAAUAACGAACGUAGGGCCUGGUUCGUCGAGUAAUCUUCACCACACGAAUUUGAGUGUGGGUCAAUCGUCCAGUAGUAUCGUGCCCUCUUCGCUGCACGUAUCGCACACGGUGCCGCAAACAUUGAAUCUAAUAUCGAGCAGACCAACGAGUAAUCCGCCGCCAUCCCAUUCGGGCAGUAUUACACCGACAAAUUUGCCAUCUCCUGGUGGCGGUGGUUCCGGGGGUGGGGUUGUCAAUUCCGGUGACAUGAGAACGAGUCACGGGGGCGCAGGAAAUAAUUCCGACUACGAGAACGGACCUCUUAUGAAACGCACGAGAAUCACCGAAGGCUGGUCCAAUUAACCGACGUAGCCACGCGGGUCUUUUUUCUCUUCAUUUUUCUCCCGUUGUUAAUUCUCAAAUGAAAAAAAAAAAGAAAAAAAAAACAAGAACGUGAGAAUUUCUCGCUCGGACCCAGCAACGAGUUGUCCAUCGCGAUGAAGACGCUUUUUAAUGAAGGAAACCGAGAAUACUACCGGUUUUCACGACUUUUGUCGACAAUGCCCAGUGGAAUGAAAAAAAAAAGCAAAUGUAUAUGCGUGUGUAUAUAUAUUUACACAUAUAUAAAAAUGAUAUAUAUAUAUAUACACACACAUAUUUGGAAGGAAGAAAAAUCCAUUUAUACCGUGGAUUUAAUGCUAAGAGAAAGAGUGCAGAUACAAGCAGAACAUUUGUUUGAUGAAAAAAAAACGCGGUGCCAUAAUGUUGAAACUUUAUAUAUAUAUAUACACACACAAAUAUAUAUAUAUAUAUUUAUAUAUAUAUAUAUAUCGUGUAUAUAAUAAGAGGUGUUGUUUGUAUAUAUAUGUCGAAAGUUCAUAAUGUUUUUUUUUUUCGAUGAGGCACAGGUGCAAUCGAACUUGCCGCGAUAAUCGAGCAAAAAAAAUUAUAUGAUGUCGAAUACGAGAUAUUAAAGAAAAAGAAACACACAAAAAUAAUAAUUAUCUAUGUUAUGUACGUAUAAAUGAAAGAGAAAAAAACGAACAUCGAUGAAACUGUCGACCGAUCAUAAAACUUGGAAAUGUACAUGUAACACGUACGUCUACAUAAAUAUGUAUGUAGAAAUUUACAUGUACUAAUGUACUGGAAGUGGUGAGAGCUUUGAAGAAAAAAAAAAAAAGAAAAAAAAACGAAAAACAGUCAGGUUAGAGAGGCGAAAGAAGUAAAAGUGAGAUUUCCACACUUACGGAGUUUACAAGAGCGAAUGACCUCAGCAGCAUAAUCCGUUGAUUAUAACUUUACCUCAUUUAAUCGAUCGAGACUCCAAAUUCAUUAAUUUGGAGUAAAGUCACACAAAGUUUCGUCUCGCUAAUUCGUCAAUGUCGAAAAAUCCGGAUUCAAUCUUCGAUUAGUAAUCGAUCUCUAGUCAUUAGAAUGAAAAAGAAGAAAAAAAAAGAAACAAAAGAAGGAAAAAUUAUAACUAAAUUAGUAUCUAAUUCGAGUGCAACUCGAAUUAAUUGAACGAAUCAUGCUUUUUAUUUUGUUUUCUCCUAAUUAUAACUUCGUUUUCAACUUUUUGUUUGUUUUAUUUGUAUCUUUUUUUUCGUUUACUCAAAAUAUUUCGCAAGUGCGCAUGAAAUUUGAAACAAGAGGAAAACUGAUUUCGCCUGACGCUUGUUAUACUUUUGUCCACGAUUUCCAUCGAGUUGAGAUACGCCUUUUUUUUAUCAUUUCAACCGUUACCCUGUAUUGUUUUUUGUCUUCUUAUUGAAUAAAAGCUGCACUUGUACACUUUGACCAACGAGAAAAAUUCCUAACUUUUUAACGUUUAACAAUACAGCAAGAAAACUUUGCUUCCCUCUGCUUUUGUCAGAUACACAAAGAUGUUCGAUCGUUCAAUCAUUUUCGUUUGGUAAUAGUUGGAAGCAUCCUCCCUGUAUGUAUGCGCAAGUGUGUGCGUGUGUGUGUGUGUAUGUGCGUCUGUGUUUAUCCUUUAUUCUCUCCAUCAAUGGGGAAUGAAACAGAAAAAAUAGAUAUUUCAAAAAUGAGUGAGUUGCGUUAACGGUCUAUGUUUGCUGACGCGAUCGAGUAAUCGAUCGAAAGAAAAAACAUUUUCGAGAAAAAGUUAAAAUUCGAUUGGGAGUGUACCAAAAAUGAAAAAAAAAAAAAAAAAAAUUAUUUAAAUUCACGUUCUUUAAGAACGAAUUCGAAAUUAAUAUGUUGAAAAAUAAAUGAAAAGUUAUAUAUUAAUAUGUACACACGUAUGUAUAUAUAUAAAUAUAAAUAUUAUAAACGAAUUAGAGGGUCACACAUAUUCGCGCGUUGGUCGUCAGUGGAACGAAAGUGUUACACUAUCACAGAAACCCACGCAUAUAUUUAUUACAACCUUAAAUGCUCGUUCUAACACUGAAUAGAGGAACUCUUGAAGUAUGUUGAUUAUCGAAUUUUCGAUUUAUAAAGAAUAAACGAAAAAUGUAACGGCGAAAAUAGCGUGAAACUUGAAUUAUCGGUACGAUUCGAUGUCUCUUAACGGCGCAACGUCAUCCAGCAUUAUCACGACACAAUAAUAAUAGAAAUAAUGAUACUAAUAGCUAUAGUUACACAGAUAAGUUGAUUUGUAUCGAUUAUCGAUCGAGAUAAUGCCGAUAAACAGGAUCUAUCGUGUGGACAAAACAAACGUUAGCAAAUGUAUACGUAGAAAUACGUGAAUAGAAAUCCAUUCUGGGCAUGUGAGUCACCGAAGUGUUACGUUUUUCCGUUCCGCCAAUCGCAGUAGCGACAAAGCCCACCAAUUGUUAGGGAAUCGAGAGAAAAUUCUACACGUUUCGGCUCCAUUGUAUUGAAAAUUCAGAGAAAUUCAGGGAUUCUAGUUUUUUUUUCUGUAUUCUCGUAAACGUUCGCGAAAAAGAAGAAUUGAAAAUCGUAAGAUUCGGUGGCUCGAACGUUCCGGAAUUCUACCUGAAUACAGAAAUGUAUGCGUACACAAAUACAAACACGUUUUUCACCAGCAUUUUGCACAUUUGAUAUGAGAAACAAAAAAUAAACAAUAUUAAGAGAAUGAAAUGACAAAGAAAAACAAAAUAACUAGGCAAAAGAAAAAACACGAAAGUUAGGGAACAUGCGACUGCUGUAGCUUAAAAACCAAACAACAUUAAGAAAAUGCACAAUGUCACAGAUCUAUUUAUGUCAAUAACGUUUGAAAACAUUUACAAGUAUGUUUAUACGAUGAAAAAAAAAAACGAAAAAACUCAAAAAAUCUUGACAUCUCUGUUGAAAUUAGACAGAAUGAACGAUUAGAGAAAAAAAUGAGGAAUAAAAAAACAUCGUCGAUAAUGAGAUAUGAUGAAACUUGAUGAUCGCGUUUCAACCUAUCGAAAUCAUUGAUCAGUUGUUAUAUAUACAUAUAUAAAUACAUAUAAAUAUAUAUAUACAUAUUUUGUGUACCUUCAAACGCGAAGGCGAAGGGAAUAAGCCAUUACGAAACCUGUUAGCAAAGUAAAGCACAAAAACACACACACACGUGACACAUGCAUUUGCAUAAGAAUUUGCCAUCUUUAAAUACCGGGUUGAAAUUUGGUUUUCUAUACUUCGGUCGACUGGUGUAUCCUCGUGAAAAAUCCGUUAAAUGGUAUAUAACGUAAAAAAAACCGAUGCAUAUAUGUAUGUUUGGUAAACAAUGUAUCUUAACGUAUGCUCGAUGGACUACAGAGGUAACAGAAAAAAUAGUGCCUGGCACCAUUUUGUGGCCCUCCUCGUGUAAAAAUUAAAUUAUGAAAUUCUUCUGGGAAGGGUUUUUUUUUUCUCCGAGGCCCUGUUUCCGACAAUCUUUCGUACCAAUUGUAAUCGACGAAGGAAACAAGCCGAAGGAAAUAAGGAAUAGCGUAAAAGAGGGAAAUUCGCUCUGUAGCGGGUAAAACUUCGAAAUGAUCACAAAGUGCAAUCUUUCAGAGGGGGGAGGGGAGCACAAUUUUUUAAAUCGAACUAAAGGACAAACGAAUUUCGAGGAUGAUGAGGGUGCGGAAAAGAGGAAGAGAGAGAAUUAGAAACAAAGUAAAAGAGGAGUGUGAAGAAAUUGUUAUUUUUCAUAACGAAAAACUGAAAUUUGAUAUAUCGAAGAAAAAGUAUAUUAAUAUCGUCGCCCGUAGUAACUCGGAAGCUCCUAAUUCAUGAAAAACGCAAAGAACAAAGCGAGUUAGUUGAAUUCGAUGGAUAAAAACAUUGAGAAUUAUUUUGGUAAUGACGAAGUGACUCGAGCAGUCUGAAGUGUGACGCUUGAAAUGUGUUCACGUACGGUCGAAUUGCCGGAGAGGACAGCUGAUCGCGAAUUACCCUUGGCCUUUGAAAAACGAAAAAAGAAGACAAUUUUUUUAAUCGCUUAAACUCGAACCAACAUGCCCACAGAAAAUGCCUUUGACUUUGAAAAUAAAAAGAGAAUAAAUAAAUUUAUGGAAAGAGAAAAAGGAUUUUUUGGCCACAUAAUUAAAGGAUCUCCUGUACUUACAACUUCGAUUUUUUCACCAGACAAAGUGUAAUGAGCAAAGAUUAUUUUUCUUAUCGUUGAAACUGGACGCACACACACACACACACAGGCACGAAAUAUCACAAAAAAACGUUAUACGAGCAAGUAGUAAUCAUUGUAUUCAACAAACCGUUCAACUCAGGAAUGAAAGACGUAAAAAAAUAAAUAAUUAAAGAACAAUAGCGAGAGAGAGAGAGAGAGAGGGAUGUGCAGGAAAUAUAAAGUGAAUAAACGCGAUUGCAUAUUGCACUUUUGAAGGUACAGUUUUAACGUCGGUUACGCAACUUGCUCCAUCAUGGAAAUACAAUAUAGUGAUAUAGAAUUAAGGGGACUGUACGAGAAUUUUAAAAAAUAUAUGAAAGAAAAACUUGGGUAAACAAGGAAGAAACAUUUAUCGGGUGUACGUGGUUGAACGUUAAGCUUUACGUGCAUUACACAUUAAUCUAUAUUUUGUAAUAUGGACAACGUGUAUAAAAAUAAAACAUUGACGAUGGCGUGGCGCGAUGAAGAGGGAAUAAGAAAAGAGCAAAGGAAAAGCGAACUAAAAAAACGAAAUUUCUUUGAAUUUGAAAAGAUUUGAAAACUGGGUAAACUCGAUUUUCUUUUCAUUUAAAUAACUUGCAGAACAUAAAAAACAAUAAUUUGAAGUUUUUUCUGGUUAUGAAACUGUCGAUGCCGGAUGAAAAAAAUAGACAACAUAAUUUACACCAAUGCGCAAUUAAAUAACGUUUGACGAAUAUUUUCGAAAUAUUGAAAUCACACAGGGGCUGUUAAAGUUGUCGGAAUGCUGUGAAUGACAUGGACCAUCUUUAACAAAGGAGCUUUAUAUACUAUUAAAUAAUAUUCGGAUGAGAGGGAGAGAGAAUCUAUUGCAUCUUUUGUAUAGUAAAAAAAAACCAUGAUAAACAAAAAAAAGCGAGGCGUAAUCCGGGAGAAGCUAAUAUUGGCUUUGUAGACAAGAAUAAAAGAAUUAUAUGUAAAUAAAUGUGGUAAAUUUCACGUCGACGCGAGGUGCCAUUUUUUGAAAGUUUUUUUUUCUUACUACUGAUUAGACGUGUAAUCAAGUUAUCCUUAAACGACAAAAGGAUUUUUCAUGCAUCCGAAGCGUCUGUUUUCAGUACCAAAACAAAAAAGUACUCCAAAUUUAUCAAAUCAUUAUUUUUCAUUCCUCCAAUGAGAUACUUCACGAAUUUCGAUGGCUUGGUUGGCGUGCGAUGUUCCAUAUGUUAAUCGACCAGAAAAUAAAGAAAUCGUAACAGGCGUAAGGUAUAAUGAAAAAAAAAAAAAAAAAAACAAAUUUUUAAACAUGAAUUGUAAUGCACAGCACGGUUAAGAAUCGGUGUAAAGGAUUAGCAAAGUGAGAUUAACGAUGUACGUAUUAGCCACAACUGUUGUCACUGCAGAUAAACCGAUUAAACACAUAUAAAGAAGAUAAAAAAUACGAGAAAUGAAAAAAAAAAACAAAAAAAAACAAAAAAAAUUUAAACAUACAAGAUUAAAUACUGGACAUAUCUUAUAACGCCAACUUAGCAUCUCAAGUAUGGAGAUAAAACGUGAAAAAAUAUAUAAUAAAUAUAUAUAUGUUCAUAUAUAUAUAUAUAUAUAUUUAUAUAUUGUCAUACUAGCUGUUACUUACUGUUAUCCAAGAUGCAUCUCGAGAAACUCGUCGGUCAAAAGUUGGCUAUUCUUUUGAGAAAUAUGCAUAAAUAUAUAUAGUAUAUGUAUUUCGACGAGAACCUAUGAUUCUUGUAGAAAAAUUGUUACUGUAAUAUUGUUCGACGACGUUGGAAAAUCAUCGUCGUUAAAAAAAAUAAAAAAAUAAAAAAUAAAUAAACGCAAAAAGUGAAAAUCGAAUGCGUACGAGUUACGAGACAUGCAUUCUGUGAACGAAAAGAAUACUUAUAAAACCUUUAUGAAGCAAAAUUAUUAUCAACAUAUAUAAAAAAUAUUAGUGUGUUGUAAUAUUGUACCAUUUAUUUGUAUAAUAGAGAUUAUAACGAGUCGUUAAAAAAAUGGUUUGACGAGGAAAAAGAGUGUGAUUGAACGAGCGAGCGAGAGAGAGAGAGAGAGUGAGAGACAGAGAGUUAUAAUAAAAAAGAAUAUAAACUACGAAAUUUAGUGUGUUACGAAUGAUCGAAAUCCGUGAUAACUCCAUUGUGAAAUAUUAAGGGCGAGCUUACAUUGAUUCGAAGGCGUUACGAGAAGCGCACUCGAAAGUUGUUUGUUUUUCAAAUUGAAAAAAAAAAAAAAAAAAAAAAAAUUACUCUAAAAUGUGGCCACGGUUGAGAGUUGCAUUGAGUGUAACACGAGUGGAGGACGAAAGUGUAGAAUCGAAAAGAAACGGAAAUAGUUAUGACGCGAUAGAUCUUCGUAACAAAAUAAAUUUGUUGUAGUACACGAGCUCGUUUGUAGGUGAGCGAGCGCGGACACGAAACUAAUUCAUAUAGUGCCAUCGUAACAGUUUAAUUAAGGAGAGAAACGAUGCGGAAUGAUAAAAGAAGAUAAAUAAUAAGUAGAACGUACGAAGCUGUGCGUUCUUAAUUUUCGUUGUUUUCUUUUGUUUUAAACGAUUAUAACGAAAUAGUUGUUAGACUAUUAAAUUGGACAUGUGUAGUUACGACGUUGAAGACAGAGCCUUCGUUUUUAUGUUUGUGAGCAAUUAUGAUGUUUGCCAACGUAUAAAUCAUACGUAAAUUUGCAUAUAUAUUUCGCGUGGGAGUGACACGGUCCGUUGAUUUCCUGAUAAUGUACCGAUUCAUUGAAUUUUAUCGAGAUUCACGAAAAGGCAAAGAAAUAAAUAGUAAGAUCAAUCAACGAUUGCCCAGUUUUGACGACAGCGCUGAUUGUGCAUUAUUAUAAUAUCAUAUAAUAUCUAUUAUUAUAUGUAUAACAAUAUAAUACAUAAAUAUUAUAUGAAAUAUUAUAAUUUUUCAUUGAUUUUUCGUUCGAUAAAACUAACGUUAGAGCUGUUAUAUCAUGCGUGAAAGAUUUUUUUUAUUUCGUUAACCAUAGAGACACGUGGGUGUUGACGUUGAUGGAAAAAUGAACAUACAUAUAUACAUGAAUAUACAUGAAAAGAAAGCACCUCGUCGUAGUGACUCGUAAUUUUGUGGAAUCUCAUGAAAGAAAGAAAAAAAAGAAAACGAAUUACCGCAACAUCUCACGUACGGUACGCUUCAUUUUGGUGCUCGAUAUGCUCUCCCUCCCUUCCUCCCAACCCCAACGUUCCCUCGCCCCCCUCUACGAAUGAACGUUACGUUUUUAUCAAUUACCGAUUCUAUAUGAUAAAGAAAAAAAAAAAAAAAGUACGAUCAUAUAUAUAUUGCCUAUCGUCGGUCAGUAAGAUUAAUUAAAUGAGGACUUAGCGAUUAAUCAUUGUUAUUUCAUAAUGCUCUAUGUACAUCACACAUAUUCGUUAUAUUAAGAAAACAAUAUUAAGACGAAUAAGAACAAAACAUAAUGAUAACAAAUAAAUCGAAUAUAAACAAACGAAAAUCAUACAAUUACAAGCGUAUGCGACACGAUAAAAACAGCAAGAAUACAACUAAAUUGUAAACUCAUCGCAAUAUGAUUAAUAUUCAGUGUAUCAAGCAUAAUAUGCGCUAUAAUUAUCAUAUGAUGUUGCCCAUAGAAUACAUUUUACUUGGUUUUUAUAUUUCGCAGUUUACAUUUUAUUUUGUACGUUCGUCCAGCCUCGACACCACCACCCACCCUUUCUUCAUGCACUUGACGAAUAACCGAAAUUUAUGUUUUAUUUUUUUAUCGAAUGUUGUUUUGUUCUUAUCGAUUUGAAAUCAAAUUUCUCGUCAUUUUUUUCCUUUUCGUUACAAUGAAUUUUGGGUAUUUGUGUUUCACAAUUUUGAUGACGGAAAAAGAAACGCGCAUCCGUCGGUCGGUUCACCACGUUUUCAGCAUUUUUGUUCUCGCGAGGCCAGAGUAUUUUAUUUGACGUUUCGCAAGGGCUUUGCUUCUCCCGUUUAUUUAAAUCUUUUCCAUUAUUCGUUCAUGUCUUUGGCAUACAAGCAUGCAUUUAUAGUUACGGAACUAACCAUGACGAUCGUAAUGCGGAAUUACAAUUUUUUUUCAUUAUCUCUGGCAAACAAUCGUCGCUCGAGCCGAUGAUGUGCUCUCUCGAAUACUUUUUGCAUAACUCCGACAAAUGACGUUAACACCGAUGAAAAAUUGGUGACAUUAUCGAUCACAGGCAAUCCUGAGAAAAUUAAUGAACUUUCGUUUUGAAGGAAAAAUAAAAAUGAAGGGAAAAAAAAUUUGUUUAAUCCAGGCGACAAUUUGUGGUAAACUAAUAAUAAUAUUUUAAUAUAUUUCACGUUAUCGUCGAUGCAACGUCCAUUAACGUUUACGAAUGUGAGAAUGCAAAUAAUUCUCCGUGAUUCAAAGAUGAAAAAAACAGCCCAAUUUUUUAUAAACGUAAGUUUUAAUGUGAUAUAAGUUUGUCUUAUAUCUAUUUAUGGAGGAUAUUAUAGGAAAAAAGGGGAGAAACGAUUCGUAAUAACAGCAGAGGAACUUUGUCUUACAUGUGAUGGAAUGUACACACCCCGGUCCUCUUGGUAGAAUCGCCUUAAUAUCACGUGCCUCAAAUAAUAUUUAAACUGUUCACCUGCUUACCUGUAAUUUUAAUUAGUCUAUGUAAUGGAUCCGUGUAAAAUCGACUUAUUCUUUGUACUACUCUUGUAAAUACAUUCCAAAGAAUUACUGUCCACCAA